GGAAGGAUUAGACUCAGCACAGGUACAUUAGUCGGUGCCUUUGUAUACAUAUAUAUAUACAUUAAUCUGUCUGAGCUCUCUGGGGCCAACAGGGGCACCCGUCUGUGCAUCACACUCACACACAAUGUCGUCAGAAAACCUGGACUCGGACACUCAGGUGGACUACGAGGACGAAAAGCAGGACUCCCAGGAGAAGAAUGCAAACCCGGUGAAGGCAGAGGAGGCCAAGCUGAAGGCGAAGUAUCCCAGCCUGGGCCAGAAGCCUGGAGGCUCAGACUUCCUCAUGAAGAGGCUACAGAAAGGGCAAAAGUACUUCGACUCGGGCGACUACAACAUGGCCAAAGCCAAGAUGAAGAACAAGCAGCUUCCCGUGGCGGGGCCCGACAAGAACCUGGUGACCGGCGACCACAUUCCCACGCCACAAGACCUGCCCCAGAGGAAGUCCUCCUUGGUGACCAGCAAGCUAGCCGGCUAGCCUUCAUCGUCUCAGAAGCACCCUCACUCCCUGGGGCUCCCGGCAAACGUCCUCCCUCCUCCUCUUCCUCACCCUCCUCACCCAUGUUCCCAAUAUGUCCACCUUUAUCCCUCCCUUCUUCUUCUCCCUUCCCCCUUUUCAUCCCCCAGGCACCACUGGCUUUAACAUAUCGGGCAGAGUUGUAUAAGUUGAAACUCCAUUUGCUUGUAUGUGUGUGUGGGGCGGGGGGGGGUGGGAGGGAAGGAGGUUUUAAGCGACCCCCCCCUCUUCUACUGCGAGGUCGCCCGCCUUUUUCUGCCCUCUCACCACGCACAGCUCUGCCCCCCUCUGCGCACUCUGCUCUACCGCCUCCCCCUUAUGUCUUGGUUUUCGGUGUUUCCAAGAUGCAUCACAGUAGGUGUGUGUCAUCGGGCAAGGGUUGGACGGGGUGAGUUAAUGCACUUUGUAUUCUGUAUAGUAUGUUUGGUUUUUUUUUUGUUUUUUGGUUAUUUUUUUGCAUCCUGAAUGACACCAAACUAAUGUGUGUAUAAGGGAGUUAGGAACCAUGAUCGCAGCGACUUCUUCUGAUCUUUACGUUCCCUUAUCUACGCUGGUUGCAGGCUUCGUGGUGGGGGGGGGGUUGGGGGCGGGUUUUUGGAAAGAUGUAUGUGAAUAUUUGCUUGCAUACCAAAUCUGUGAUGGGCUGCUGCCUGACUUUUAAAGAAGUCUCUGGUGUUCACUGACACUGAGACAGCAUUUUGGGGAUUGGGAGGCUUCCUUUCAUCUCAUCCUUUCGUUUCACAUUUCGGCAAACAAAAACACGAGGUCAUCUGCUGCAGCUCAGCCAAACGGGGAUUUGAAAUGCCACUUCUUCUCUUUCUCUUUCUCUUUCUCUCUCUCUCUCUCUCUCUCUCUCUCUCUCUCUCUGCUCACGUUGCUUUAAUUCUUGACUCCCUUUGCUCCUGUUCUCUCUUAAUACGCUGCAUGAUUGUAACAUGUAACAAACAGAAAAAUGUUUUUUUUUUAAACAGGAGUGGGACGUCUGCUUUAGUGAUAGGAAGUGUCAAAACAAACACAUACACACACACGAAGCUCCGAAAUGUCGACAGUCACACUUCUUAUUUCCUUCCUUUUUUUCUCCCCUCUUUUUGCUAUCCUGACAAUCCAUGUACACACACUCCUGUUUGCAGCCCAGAGCAAGAGCCAGCUGAGUAUAUCCUUAUAUUCUUUUUAAAAGGCUGGGAAGUCUGCCAAUCUGUCUUCAGUCUUAGUUUGGUUGCCGUUGAGUUGCAUCAAGACGUGUGUUUACUAUGAAGCUAACAGAUUUGUGGGGUGGGGAGUGGGAGGUGGGAGGGGGGGUUGAAGCACCCUGCAAUAGAGUGUAUGCUUCUGUAAAUAAUACUCAAACAAGCACGUAAUUCCUGAUAAGCUCAGCGCUUUGAAGACCAGACCAGCUAGCAUGCCUGAGAGAAAUGGUAGUGCUCCAUCAACUCAUUUGGGAUUACACCGUGGGAUUUCUGGCAUGGAAAUUCUACGCUUUACCAAUCGAGCUAAAUUCACACUGCAGCUAUCAGGCUCAGACAGCGGAUACACAUGUCUUUCCAAUGUGACUGUUACCAUGUAAUCAUCUGGCUCGCAUUGUGAUCAGGUGAAGCAGCCAAGCCAGUCUGGCGCCAAUGUGUUUGUAUGUCAUGGAGAUACCAACAGUAAUGCGGUCGCCAUAGCACGGCUGCUUUAUCCCAUCACAUAAGUCACACCGAAAAGACAAAAGUAACCGUCGUCGUAGCCUUUUAUAGUUUUGUCCCACAAUAGCACGUGUGCAGUAAAAAAUUUUGUUUCUGAGAUAUUUGGGACCGACCAAAAGAAUGACUUGUUCAAGCUGCUUCUUACGGCAAAAAAAAAAAGGAUGUUAAUUUAGUCUUUUUUCUUGGGAGACUGUUUUCGUCAAGUUUUAACACUUUAAAAUGUUUCUCACAGUGAAACUAAGCAGGUUCCUUGAUGUUUGCCCACUUAGGCAACUCACAUUGUGAAACACUAACUCAAGUAAGGAAAUUAUACUGCUUUACAUCCCUUAAACCAUAUCUGGAGUAAAGGCCUACAUCUACCCUCAGUGCCCUGUAGAACAAUGUUUUUUUUUUUUCCCCGAACUGACACACUACACAGACUGAUCUUUGAUCUCAGGGGUGUCAGAGGGUAAACACCAGGCAACCUGAUAACCACAGGUGUCAGCCCAACUCCCAAGAUCGUCAUCACGGGCCUAAAGUGGGACACUGCGUGCCUGCAGGAUACACUCACUCCAACAACUUGGCAAAGCAGGGAGAGAUUUUAUAACACAUAUGAGGGCAAAGUGUGAGUGUGUGCUCUGCACUCGAGUCCCACCUGUUUAGGUGGUUCAACCUUUGAAAGAGGUCAAUGAGUUAUCAACAAGUCAGAUCUGUUGAUAACUCACGCAUGCAGUCCGCACACUCAUGAGUCUAAACUGGAUACCAGCGCUCACUGAGAAUCAGCCUCCUUGUAUAAAACUGCUUCAGGGAACCUUCACGAAUGCACACUCCACCACCACGUAGGCUAGGUGAUAGGGUGCAUGCACCAUCACAUACUCAACCUCACUCGUUUUUCAUUGAGACUUUAAAAUGUGUCAAAUUUGCAGUGGGUGAAAGAGAACUGACCUGUACGUAUGUGCUUGUUAUGGUGAUGUAUGAAUGCACUGCUUUUUCUCUGUUCCAGCCAUUGUAAAUAGACUUAAACAGGAAGGGAUUUCUGUGUUGUUUCCCACCUGCUUUCACUCUUUCAUAGCCUGAGCUAUUUCUGAGUCAAUGGUUCCUCUCUCCUUUUUGAGUUUAACACUACUUCUGCUGUAUCUUAGUGUAUUGCAGAGGCUAUGUGAAUCUGUAUCAUAUGAAAAUAUGUGUAAAUGCUGCUGAUUCAAAGACAAAUCUAAGAGAUGAUACCCUGUAAAGAACACCUGUCCUCUGAUUCUACCAGUCUUGACUUCCUUCUCCCCAAGUAUCUCCGUUUCAGAGUCCUAAAGCUCCUGUGGCAAAGACGAUCCAUUUUCAGACUGUGGUAAACUUAAAUGCUCAUGCAAAAUUCUACCGUUAAAUUGUGAGGGGUGCGUUGUUGAAUUGAAUCCAAUUUUUUUUGUUUUUUUGGUCUGGACAGAGAUUAAUAGAAAAGUCUGGAAGCCUUUAUAUCACUUUGAAUGCCAAGAACAGACCAUUUAGCCUCAUGUUGAGUUUAAAAGCCGACAGUCUCCAGCUUUAAGAUGUAAAAGAAAAAAAUAAAAGAUUUGGGUGAAUAAGCUACAACAUGUUUUAUGAAACAACAGUGGACAGGAGUUCUCGAAUGCUACUUGAUGUCUGGCUUUGCACGGAGCAGUUCAACGAGAGAAAAUAGGGUAUGUUUCAAACCCAAUACACAGGGUGUCUCUCGUUCAGCUAUGAUAAACACGUGCCAGAAUGUAUAAAGAAAUGACAGGCUGUGUGCUCUGAAGUACUUUUGUGCUGCUUUUACCUUAUCUGUUUUCUUGUUGUUUUGCAAGUAAAUGUUUCUCUUUUUUUUUUUUUUUCUUGUGUUCUCUUAUUUCAUGAUUAGUAUAUAUUUCAUUCUUGGCCCAAGAUAACUGCAGGGAAAAUCAGAGGCACCCUUGCUUCCAAGAAAAAUAAAUAAAUAAAAAAGGGUUUACAUGAUAAAGAGGAUGACUGGAGAACACAGGAAUGAUUUUAAGAUUUCAGAAAGUACAGGAGAAUGUUUCAGUUCUGUGGGAGUAGGUGAGAGGAUUUUUGUCAGUAUUUGAAAUAAACUUUUACAUUAAUAAGA